GCACCUCACCUCAGCUCAGCUCCGUCUCCCUUCCUGACACGCAGCCGCCGCCGCCGCCGCCGUCUCGUUUGCUCGCCGCGUCCACGACCGGUGGUUGCCGCCGCGGCCGCGACCGGUAGCUCGGUACCAGCCGUGUGUAGGCUUUCAGGCUUGGAGAGCAGCCAGCUUUUAUGCUCGAGGCAGCUUGCUUCUUGGACGCUAGUAGCAGCAGCAGCGGCAGUGGUACCCCCAGCCACGGAACUUUUCGCAAAGGCGAGAUUCUGGGAUGGAGGUCGAGACGUCGUCCGGGACGAACGAGCGCGGCGUGUCGUCGUCCGGCGGCGCGCAGCAGCAGCAGCAGCCUCCUCCGCAGCCGCCGCCCGCCAAGAAGAAGCGUGCACUCCCCGGCAUGCCAGAUCCUAACGCGGAGGUGAUCGCGCUGUCGCCCAAGACGCUGCUGGCGACCAACAGGUUCGUGUGCGAGAUCUGCAACAAGGGGUUCCAGCGCGACCAGAACCUGCAGCUGCACCGGCGCGGCCACAACCUGCCGUGGAAGCUGCGGCAGCGGAGCGGGAAGGAGGUGCGGAAGCGUGUGUACGUGUGCCCGGAGCCCAGCUGCGUGCACCACGACCCGUCGCGCGCGCUCGGCGACCUCACCGGCAUCAAGAAGCACUUCUGCCGCAAGCACGGCGAGAAGAAGUGGAAGUGCGACAAGUGCUCCAAGAAGUAUGCCGUCCAGUCCGACUGGAAGGCGCACACCAAGACCUGCGGCUCCCGCGAGUACCGCUGCGACUGCGGCACCCUCUUCUCACGGAGGGACAGCUUCAUCACCCACCGCGCCUUCUGCGACGCGCUGGCCGAGGAAAGCGCCAAGGCACGCGCGGCGCCUCCACCGGCCGACGACGACGGCACCUCGGCUUCCGCCGGUCCGCCGCCACAAGCGCUUCUACCACCACCCACACAAGCACCGCCGCCGCCGACGACGACCGCAGCUCCGGCUCCCGCGGCGCAGCCAGAGGAACGAGAUCGGGAAGCUGCGCCGGAUCAGUUCGCGACGCCGGCGCCGGUUCCGGCGCCAGUGCCGCCGCCGCCGCUGCCUCCGGUCGCCGCUCCCAAUGAAUGUGCGAGCAGCAGCAGUAGCGGCGUCGCGCCGACGUCGCAGAGCCUCCUUAGCAGCAUGUUUGCACCGCCGUCGGUGGCCCAGGCGCCGCAGUAUGUGGACCCCGUCGGAGUCGGAGGGGGUGGCCAUCAGGAGCGCGGCGUGCCCGCCAAGCCCCCGGCGCUGUGCCUCGCGUCCAACGCGUCGUCGUCGCUGUUCUCACCGCCUGUAACGGCUGACCGGCAGCAGUUCGCGCCGCCGCCACCACCGUCCCCAUCGCCACACAUGUCCGCCACGGCGUUGCUUCAGAAGGCCGCGCAGAUGGGGGCCACGUCGUCUAGCUCCUCCUUUCUCCGUUGCCUGGGCCUCGACAUGUCGUCAUCGUCGCCGGCGCCGGCUUCGUCGUCAGGGCAGCUGCACCACCAACAAGAAACCAUGCAAGUGCCGAUCCCGGCGAGUUCACUGCCUGAAUGGCCGCCACGGUUACAGCCGGAGCCAUCCCCAAUGCUGUCCUCCGGGCUCGGCCUCGGGUUGCCAUACGACGCGACGGGCGGUCCGGUGAGCUUGCCGGAGCUCAUGAUGGGUCAGUCCUCACUGUUCAGUGCCAAGCCAGCAACACUGGAUUUCUUGGGCCUUGGAGUCAGCCCGACGGGCGCGUCCACAAGCAGGGGCUUCCCCGCGUUCAUCCAACCCAUCGGCGGCGCGGUCAGCUUGGCCGGGAGUGCCACCGGCACGGCGGAGACCUUCGUUGGCGCCCAUGGUGGCCAGGGAAAUCCGUGGGAGAGAAACCCGAGUAGCUCACCAAUCCUGUAAUUCUUACUAUAGCUAGCAACCUGUAGCAACUAGCACCAAGUAGCAACCACUGUGAAUUCAACACCUGCAGGGCAGGCACGAAGAAGAAGGUGAAAUAGUGGAAGCAGACAGGAUCAGUUA